ACCACUAGAACUAUCUACCUCUUCCUUCUCUCUCUCUCUCUCUCUCUCCUCUUCUCCGCAAUGGCAAUGGCAAUGUCAACGGUUUCCGGCCUGGUCGUGGCGGCGAUGGCCGUUUUGGGGUGCGGUUUGAUGGCAGCCCAGGUGGCGGACGCUAGGGCGUUUUUCGUGUUCGGCGAUUCGCUGGUCGACAAUGGCAACAACAAUUACUUGGCCACCACGGCUCGCGCCGACUCGCCUCCGUACGGGAUCGAUUCCCCCUCCGGCCGCCCCUCCGGCCGCUUCUCCAACGGCCGCAACAUCCCUGACUUCAUCAGUGAAUCACUAGGGUCGGAGCCCACAUUGCCGUACCUGAGCCCAGAGCUCACCGGCGAAAAGCUCCUCGUCGGUGCCAACUUCGCCUCCGCCGGCAUCGGGAUCUUGAACGACACUGGAGUCCAAUUCGUGAACAUAAUAAGGAUGUACCAGCAGUUCCGGUACUUCGAGCAGUACCAGGCCCGGCUGGCGGCCCAGAUCGGGCCCGCGCGGGCCCAGCAGCUGGUGAACCAGGCCCUGGUGCUCAUCACCGUCGGCGGCAACGACUUCGUCAACAACUACUACCUGGUCCCGUUCUCGGCCCGCUCGCGCCAGUACGCACUCCCGGACUACGUCAACUACCUCAUCUCCGAGUACAAGAAGCUCCUCCAGCGGCUCUACGACCUCGGGGCCCGCCGCGUCCUGGUGACCGGCACCGGCCCACUGGGCUGCGUCCCCGCCGAGCUGGCCAUGAGGGGAGCCGGCAACGGGCAGUGCGCCAUCGAGCUGCAGCGGGCCGCGGCUCUGUUCAACCCGCAGCUGACUCAGCUGAUCGGCGAGAUGAACGCCGAGCUUGGUGAGGGCGUGUUCACUGCGGCGAAUACUAGGAUGAUGACCAACGACUUCAUCAGCAAUCCCGCGGCUUAUGGGUUUACGGAUUCAAAGGUGGCCUGUUGUGGACAGGGGCCUUACAACGGGCUGGGCCUGUGCACGCCGGCAUCGAACUUGUGUCCCAAUCGAGAUGUGAACGUCUUCUGGGAUGCCUUCCAUCCCUCGGAAAGGGCAAACAGCUUCAUCGUCCAACAAAUCUUGAACGGCUCUCCCGACGUUAUCUCUCCGAUGAAUCUCAGUACCAUUUUGGCCAUGGACAACAACAGGUCUUAAUAUAUAAUGGGUUGACGACUUUCUAGUUUUUCUUUUUCGUUUAUAUCUAAGUUAGCUUCCAGCAUGUGUCGUGGUGGAGCAACUAUGGGCUAUAUAACUAUGAGGGGGAAUAAAAGUUUGCAGCACCUCCAUUUUGGAUGUCUAUCUGGGCUGGCUUUUUUUCUUGGGGGACAAUUCCCUGUCGUGAAAAAGAUCAGGCUUCAAAUUGUAAUUUGCUUCGUUUUUAGUUGUUUGGUGAUUUGAUUUUGGUUGUAAUUUGCUUAAUCUCUCUUGAUCUUGAUGUACUGAUUACUACUUCUUCCAUUAUAAGACAACGUAAUAUUCCACCACGAAACACAUGGCUGAGUAUACAGAUCAGACUCUCGCUCUUUUGGUGACACGUACGAUUUUGAUUGAACAGAUA